AACUACGAGUACCUCGAUCAUACGGCUGACGUACAGUUCCACUCCUGGGGGAAGACCAAGGAAGAAGCUUUCGAACAGGCAGUGGUCUGCAUGUUCUCUUACAUCACCGACCUGCCAACGGUGGAGCUGCGAGCAAGCAACACGGUUGAGGUGAGAGUCACAGGGAGGGACUUGCAGAGUCUGCUGUACGCCUUCAUGGACGAGUUUCUCUUUCAGUUCUCGGUUGAUGGGCACGUGGCAAGGCAAGUCAAGAUCCUCGAGUUCGACGAGACGAACUUUCGGAUAAAAGCAGAGGGUUAUGGAGAGAAAUUUCAGCCCAGGACGAAACAUCCGCAAGGGACGGAGGUGAAGGCGAUAACGUAUUCUGCCAUGCAGAUCAAGAUCGAGAACGAUCGGACAGACAUCUAUGUCAUCGUGGACAUC